AUGGCUGAGAUGCUCGGUAUCAGCGAAAACUGCGUCAAGGCUCUCAAUACCACCUUGCCAUGCGACAAGGACCUGUUCGGGUGGACCGUCAAAGUCGACGAUGUCUACUGGACUGAACAGGAUGCUAGCACCCUGUGUGUCCCAGGCUGCGAGACCAACGUCCGAACAUGGACAGAGACCGUGGCCUCCGCUUGCGCGGAAGAUUGGCUCGUUGUCGGCGACCGUGCCGUGCCGGCUGAGACGCUCAGUCUCCGCUUUGCAGAGGGUCUGGAGAUGGCCUGCCUGCGAGAUACGAACAACAAAUGGUGCCUGCCGGCGUCCUACAACUGGACCGGCUCGGACGUCGUCCAAGUCGACUGCGCAGCAAAUCCGGCGGACCCGUGGUGCAUUAACCCGGCCAACGUGUCCGCUGAGAAUAGCCGCAUCUCAACGUUAUACGACGAUGAUUUGCUCUGUUCUGAGUGUUUCCUUAACAUGCUCUAUCGCCGCGUCACGUCAGAGUUCCUCCCAGACACCGACCACUCUGACUAUCUCGUUGGCGAAUUCCAGGACAUCCAAUCGGUCUGCCAGACGAGUAUCGGCCCCUUGGCCACGCGCGCCGUCCCUCUGUACCCCUACGCCACUGAGCUCAACGAGACGGCCCCGGAGCCCACGGAUAUUCCGUCCACGGGUGCUCCUAUCGUCGGCGAUGACGGGUCCCCGUGGGACCCCGAAGAAGACACCGAGGACCCCGGCAUUGAUGAAGAGAUCCCGGACGGAGAAGAGGAUCCAGACGAAGCCGAACCGGAGCCGGAGCCAGUCGAACCGGUGGUGCCGACAAACUGCACCGCGCGGGCCGUCGAUGCUCGGUACGCCAGCCUGGACGGCAUCGAGGCCUGCAAUGAACUUGCCGAGGAGUACGGCGUCGCAACGGGUCAGCUCAUGUUCGCAACGAAUGCGGAAGAUUGCUACUCAUAUGACUUUGUCUGCGUACCGGAAGCCUGCGAGCUACUACGCGUCAACGCUGGAGAUACUUGUGAUACCAUCUCGAAAGCCAUAUCAAAUGACACGGAGCCGAUCAGCGUUGCACAGCUUAUGACCUGGAAUCCUAACCUGAUGGGUGCCUGUGAUCAUCUGACCGAAAGCCAGUACCUAUGCAUCUCACGACCUGGCGGCACUUGGGUGAAGCCGCCUGACGAUCAGAUCCCCGACGACUCCAAUGGGCCUGUCCGCGGUGGUCCGGGGAGCACCGAACUUCUCCCCAUUAUCACAGACCCCUCCACCGUCCCGGCCGAUCGCAAACAAGAGGGCAUCCCGGCGAACUGCAACCGCUUCGUCAAGGCGGAGAACACCGCCGCUUCAUGUUGGAAGAUCGCCAACGACGCGCAGAUCACGCAGACCAGGUUAUGGGAACUCAACCCGGCCUUGGGCACCGACGGCGAGCACUGCGGAACCCAGAUUUGGUUCGGGUAUUACUACUGCGUCGGCGUCCCCGGCGACGGCACCACCGGCCCAACCACCACGCAGAGUCUCCCGGCAACGACCGCGUCCGCGACAGCCUCGUCCGUCCCAAAACCGACACCGCAACACGAGGGAACAGACCCCAACUGCAACAAGUGGACGCAGGCCGGCGACGGUGCUGGGUGCUGGCAGCUUGCCACUGACGCGGGCGUCGACCUGGCGCUGUUCUACAGCUGGAACCCUGUGCUGGGCGCCGCCGGUGAGAAUUGCGGUACCAUGAUCUGGCCUACGUACUACUACUGCGUCGGCGUGGCUACCGGCUCAGGAACGCCGACGACGACGGCGGCGCCGCCGGCGACCACCACCGCUCCGGCCAAGCCGUCGAACACGCAAGCAGGCAUCCCGGACAAUUGCAGCAAAUUUGCCCAGGCUGGGGACGGCGCUUCUUGCUGGCAGCUAGCAACUGACAACGGCAUCGAGAUGUCGGUUCUGUUCGCGUUGAACCCUGUCCUUGGACCAGCCGGAGAGAACUGCGGGUCGCAGAUUUGGCCGACGUAUUACUAUUGUAUUGCUGUUAGUUGA